CCCGAAACUAGGAAAGACGAACGUGCAUCUAUACCUGUUUAAUUCUGUUCUUCUGCCCGGUGGAUCUUUGGCUUCGCGCGGUAUCGCAAAACCACAGCCUUGCGCCUUGGCGUGGACCACCGCCCACGCUUCCCUCGUCGCUCUCCCUCUCCUGCCCCACCGGUCGCUCAGCCUCACGCACCUUCCCUUCCCGUCGAUACAACACCGCUACAUGCAAGUACGCGUUCGUCGAACUCAAACCUGUCAUCCUCUCUCAGCUUCCAUCCAACCAAGAGACGAAGUUCCCAAUGCCGACAGUAUGCAGCCCUUUCCCAACGACGUCAGGGCCGACAUGGCCGACUCCAAGAAGAUGAGAAGAAGACACAGCGUCGCUUGCUUGUUCCCACCGGAGCUCAUCGAAAUGGUCAUUAAGGACAUUCCCAUCCUCGACUUGAUGAUAGCCGCCACCGAGUUCCCUUCAACCUGGCGGGCCCCCGAAGAGGAGGAUCCAAUUUUUCAACAUCAGCGGCGAAUCAACACGCGGAUGUAUCCCGAAAAACCUCCUUCGCCGAGACUUCCCGCAGCGCCAAAGCCACUCAUCAAAGCGUACCAAUCGUGCGCAUUCAAGACGAUUUUUCCUGGAAUGGGCACUCUCUAUAUCCAUCGCCGUCACAGCGAUACCAUCACCGAAACCAAGACCUCGACCACUGCAUAUUCCACGACCACAACGACGAUUAUCACCAUCACAACAGCCACCAGGCCAGCCGAAGGGUUCUUCUUCCGCCCCACCGGCUCGUCUUCCUCCAUCCGCGUCCUGGACCCGACGAGUAAGAGCAUCCAGUACAACGCUCACCCGACCUGGGGCUGUGGUUUCGUUUACCUGCGGGAUUUCGAUGGGCGGCUGUGGGUUAGGAAGACAAUUGAUUCGCGCCAGCAGGGAGAACUGUUGUUCAAGUACAUUGUGACCUUCUACGGUGGGGAGAAUUGUGACAACUGGGGUCUGCUGUGUCGUGACUAG